GUCUUACCUGCCUGAGCACAACUUUCAAAGAACAACCUUACACAUAUAGAACAUAAACCAUCAAGAAAAAACCUUACACAUAUACAGGCGUUCUUUUGUUUUCAUUGGCACACUGACGCUUGAUGAUAAUAAUUGACAUGAUGCAUCACAGCAGGAAGUAUUCUCCGCCGCACUACUGCGCCGUCGAGUCGCCGUUAACGGUGCCUCAGCUAAACAGACUACCGACCUCACGGAUAGAAGAAGGGGACCUGAUAGAAAGAUCGGACAUGAAUUCACCCAAAGCCAAGUCUAGAAUACGCAACGUGAAGCUGAAAGCAGUGAAGGCACCUGCGUCUCCCCAGAAGCCCCGCGUCUCUCCAAACUCUGAGCAAAGCGACGCGUUACCGAAGGCGGCGGAGAACGGAGCUCGAGCUAGAAAAAGGGGCUACAAACCUCCUGAUGUGAGGACGAUAUUCGAACCCUCGGCUAAGGAUCCACGGGUAAAAGAGGAGAAAGGAGAGGGACACGCGUUUUGUCAGGACGCGGCGCACGCAUGGUGCGAUGUAUGUUGCGCAUAUAUUUUGCAUGGUGGCCUUACAUGCACAGGCUGUAAGUACACAUGUCAUGCUCAGUGCCGUGACCAGGUGACAUUAGACUGUCAUCCUAAUGGAUCCAUUAAUGGCCCCCUCAGUCCUCUCGCUCAGGACCACCUCAACAACAACGAGUCAUCACACAGCGAUGUGGAGAAAGAAAAGGAACCUCAAGCUCAUCUCACACUUGAAGAGAUCAGACAGAGGGUCGAGCAGUACAACACAGAUUCACGUGAUCACUUCAAAAUGACACUGAAUUCUAAUGGGCUGUACACCGGCUUCAUCAAGGUCCAGCUGGACCUGCGGAGGCCCAUCUCGGUGAAACUUGGCGGGGCGGGAGGGGUGAAAGAUCAGGAGGCGUUUUAUCUCCCGCGAGGCUCCGUAAACACACUGCACAUCAGCAGCGCCAGCACGGUGCGACAGGUGAUCGAAGCCCUGCUGAAGAAAUUCACCGUGGCCGACAACCCCGCCAAAUUCACCUUGUUCAAACGCUUCAGUCGGGAAGACCAUGUGUACACCUGUAAGCUGUCGGAGAAAGAACAUCCACUCUUUCUACGUUUAGUGGCGGGACCAAGUACAGACACCCUCAGCUUUGUGCUGAAGGAACAACAGACUGGCGAGGUCAUGUGGGACGCCUUCUCCAUCCCUGAACUACACAACUUUCUCCGUUUCUUGGAUAAAGAGGAACAGGACCAGAUUUGUUCGAUAACCAGACGCUACAACAGCUACAGAGAGAAGCUAGAGGAGGCCUUGAGAGCGACGGGCGGCCGGGGUUAACAAACAUGAGAGAGUGAGACUCUUGCACUGCUUCCUCUAGUGGUCACUGUGGGUAAUGAACACUGUUAGGUGUCACUGUGCCAAAUGGACACCCCAUCUCAAAAACUCUCAGGAGAACACUGGACUCCUUCACUAGAUAUACACACCUCCCAGAAUGCACCUCGGGUGCCAUAUUUACCUGUGUUGUUUCACACGUUGUGUCUCUGCAGUUUUGUCUUCAUUUUCUAUUUUCUUACAUUUGUGAACGAAACGUGAAAAUCAGAUUUUUUUAUUUAAUUGUUGGAUGCUGUGGAUUGUAAAUAUUUUGUUUAAUUUAUAUGGGUGACAUUUUUAGUUUUUAGUUUUCUGAAAGUCUUAUUUUAUUUUAAAUGUGUUUUUGACCGGAUGUUAUUGGAACAGGGGAUUGAUUAUGACUCGCAAUGUGCCCUACCAAAGAUAGUGUUGGCAAUAGAUGUGCUGUUGACAAAAUUGUGACAAAUGUAGCUCGAGGAAGAUGACCUAAACAGAAAGCGAUGUUGCGACGGGAAAAGAACGUUUAUUAACAGGAAAUGUAUGUACAGUGUGUGAUGGAGAAAACUGAUGUAGGGGAUGUCAAAGACAAAGGCAAAGUCAUGUAGCAUAUCAGAACCAUUAAUAGUUGAAAGGAUGCUUUAAAGUAAUAUUAAAAACAGAACUUCUAAGGUUCAGACUGUAAGUUUGCUCGAGCAUUCUUAGGUGAUGUGCUGGAAUUGGAACCGAACAGAUUUGAGGAAGUUGAAAUGUACGCAGCGGGAACGGUCAGGGUCGUAUUGGAGCAAAUGGAAUUAACUUUGCUGUCCUCUGCUCUUCUGAAGACCUGACUGAUGUUGGUUAAGCUCGGAUGGUUUAAUUAAGUAAAUGAUAGGUUGUGUUCACAGGGUGAGGAUGUUAAACGGCCUAGGGUUCGAAGUCAUUCAAGCAAACAAAGCAUUUGUUGUUCAGUGAUGAUUUUAAACACGGGUGUCACAUCUUAACUUUGGAAAGAGCAUUGAGAAAGAUUUUAAACGAUUAAAGGUCCAGAUAAAUGACUGAAUCUAUAACAGAUUGUGUUUGAUUUAAAGCUACACUACACCAGAAUAUGUUGAAAGUAUCUUGAUAUAAUCUUAUUUUUUAUGUUCGUGCAUACACAUGUAUCCUGACCUCUGUUACUGUGCCAGGAGAAAUGUAAAGUUCUGCCAAAAGAGGUUUGUUUUAGGUUUGUGUAUUUGUGGAUGUAGUGCCGUUUCUUUUGAUGACUCAUAACUUCUUUUGAUGACUCAUGGCUGGAACUGUUAUAAUGUACAGUAAGUUAAACGGCCAAUGCUACUUUGUCACAGCACGACCUGUUUUAAAUGAUACUUGUGUAUCAAUAGUUGAUUUAACAUGUAUAUGCAUUUAUAUAUAAAUAUCUUUAUGCUAGUGCUGCAUGAUGGUUUUCUGAUGGGUACUGCAACAAGAUUUGUGUUUUUGUUGUCCGUUGUGACACAUUCAUAGCAAGGUAGUGGCACCUUGUGGUCAACUGCUGUAUAACUACAUCUCUGCAGUCCUGAGGCUCACUUGUUAAUUCAGUUUUAUUUUAAAGCCACAGACUGUCUCUUAGUGUUUUUAUAUCAAUUCUAACCAAAGAUCUAGUUAAAUUGCAUAGUAUAAUGUAAGUUUUAAACAAUUGCCAGGUGCAAUCAGUAUGUAAACCUCACGAAACGGAGGUUGAAUUACAGUAUAUCUAUGUUUUACCGUGGCAACUUUAAUCUUAAACACUGGGGUGUGAAUUAAAAUGGUGUAACUGUGAUGUGAAAUACAACAUCGCAACAGUCUCGUAUGCAAUCGAAACAGAGGGUUUGUCAGGGGAAUCAGACCAGUAAUCUUAUAAAUGCUUUUUGGGCACUUUAUGUUUUAAUUCAGGGAAUUAUUUUACUUUUAUUUGUCUCCGUUGGAUGCCUAUGGUGUUCUACCGUUUCAAAACUUAAGUGGAGUUUAAUGGAGGCACAGUUUUGUUUUAUGCAAUCCUUUUUAAUUGCAUUUUAAUUCAAGCUUUUUUUAAAUACUUGAUUUUGUUUCAUAAAGCUUUUGUUUGUAGAGUAAGACUGUGAAACUGUGAUACUUGUAUUCAUGUGUUGUGAAGGGGUGUGGAUGUGAGCCUUCCGCUUCAAUACUUCUGAAUAUACAUGCAUGCGUUAUAAUAAUUCAUGCAUAUACUCUCUGUGGCUGUUUUAGGACAUCUCGUGCCACCGCUGUUGAUGCGUCUGUUGAACAGCAUGUUUAGAGAUUGCUCAUGAAACCCACACUCUGCAUUUGCCAAAAAUGAUCUUGUUUUGAUCCACAGCUGUAGGUUAUGUGGUUAUGAUCUACGGUUUUGUGAAUGCUGUAUGUUUUAUACAUAAAUAGAUGAGGACCUGUCAGAUUUGAGUUUAGGAAUGAUUGGCAUACAGAUAUGAAAAUUAUCUUCUAACUUUGGAAGCUUUACUUAAAAUAUGGAUCUUUAGAAUCUAAAUGAAUCCAGAUGUCAUGCGUUUGUUUUCUGUGGGUUACUUAAGUUUGUAUUGUUACCAAUUGUGGCCUUUCUUGUCAAAGACCUGGUUUCAGGAAAUAAAGAUGAAAUGUUUCACAA